AUCUCAGUGACUCAUAGCGACCUCCCUAUCAUGGUCUCCCUGGCCAACACGCCUGUCUCCUUUAGCUGCAGAAUCAACUACCAGGACACGUCAGGAUUCACAUACUCCUCUGUUAACUUCUUUCACGUGGAUCUCCAUGGCAAGAGAAGCUUGGAGAUGCCGCUUUCCUGCCAACACAGUCCUGGUGCAGAGAACGGGACCAUGGAUUGUGCAGUUAUUCUCAGCCUGCCAAAUGCAUCUGCCACAGGCACUUACUACUGCUUAGUCAGAGGGUCCUUCCCGGAGCAGAGCAAUGGCAUCUUCAUUCUGGUCAAAGACACAGGGUACCAGCCUCCUUCAUUCAAGGUCCAGGAGGCCCUGAUGUUCACCUUUACCGGCCUGCUGAGUGUCCUGAGCGUGCUGGGCACAGCUCUACUGCUCUACUGGAGGAAGAAACAGAAGUCAGUUCUGGGCAAUCACAGUGCUAGGACAUGCCCUGCUCCCAAAUCCACCAGCAGAACCCCAAAGGCUCCAGCAGAAUCCAUCUACACGCACCUACAGCGCCGAGAGACGGAGGUCUACGCCUGCCUGGAGGGACAGACUGGCAGCCCUGUCUCCAGCCAGAGCCCACCUUCCAAGGAGAAACGGAACAGGUUUGAGGAUGACAAUGAAUUUAACCUCGUCUAUGAAAAUCUCUAGGAAGAAGUUCUACAGGCCCCGAGCCUUGUCUUGGAUUAGAACCCAGAGCCACUUCUCUUGUCCAAGGACCUGACCUGGGCCAGGAGUAGGCCUUCGGGAUAUGCCAUCACCUCACCUGCGCAUUCCAGGCUCUGCCUGCGUUAGUUGGGCCUGCUUGCACAUUCCGCAUCUGAGCCUGAACAGUCUCUGGGCUUUUGCCCAGGCUGUUGCCUCCAUCCAAGAGAGCCAUUCCUCUCCUGGCCCCAUAGGCAAAGUGUUCCUCCAUCCCACGGGGCUCUCUUGGACGCCACCUCUUUCUGUCUUCAGCCCGUACUGCCACCCCUGCUGAGCUGUGUGUGUGGCUCUCUUGGUGCCCGCCGGCCCGCAUUGGUUCACAGGCAGACUUGCCCCUAGGAGAACACAGUAGGACCCCUGUCAGGGAUAUGCCUGGCCACUGAGCCACUCUACCUGCUCAGUUAGCCCAAAGGCUUGUACUAGCUGGGCACAUGCUGGGUGGAACUGGAAAAUGGUAUGGCUAGGGAGAGGUGAAGAAUGCAGUCAAAGAACUUCACAAAAGCUGGUUGGGCCUGGGUAUGGAGGCUCCCAGAUAUGAGCCGAUGAGCCAGGGCCAGGAGCCGGAAAGCUUCGUACAUGCUGGCAAGAAAGGAUAAUCUAGCUUGUCUGGGACAAAGGUGGAGGCCAACUAAACAGGAGCUCCCCUCCCCCAACAAGAACCCCAGGCCGGCGCCCAUCAGCUUGUGUAGGCUUACCUUGUCUGCCAUCCUUGGCUCUCCAGGCCUCUACUCCUUAUUCUACCCUUAGACCCAGUCCCCUGCCCCCCAAGUCCCCUCCUGUGGUCUAAUCUGAACCCCACCUGCAGCUUCAUGUCCUUUUCCUCUGUAUUUAUUUGCUUUAGGCCCAUCCGGCCUUCGGGCAGAGACCAGCCUGGCUGUCUUCACGCCCCCUCUCUCCCACAUUUACUCAGCUGUGUGGCUUGCUGCUAGGUCUCCCUGGGCAGGUAGGGGGGCCUCUGUGCUAGAGUCACUCAGACCAACCAGGGUGGACAAGAACUCCCCAACGCCUGGCCCUCAGCCUUUCUGGCCCUCCAGGAACUCAUUCAGGGGACACCCUCAUUUCACCCUCCAGGCAGCCCUGCGACAGGGAAGCCGUCUCCUUGGAGGACAAGGACUGGAGGUCUCAGUGCCCUGGGCCACAGGGCUCCUGUCACACACCCCACUUCCCUCGGCCUUAGCCUGCCUCUCCUUUGGCUUUCCCAGAGUCAGUUUAGCUGUGAAAUGGACAGGCCAAUCUACCUCCCCUACUUUUCUAGGCUCCUUCGAAAGUUCCUGGGAUGGUCUCAUUCAGAAACCCAGGGAAUGUGGAGGUGUCCACGUGCAGACACGCCUAGCCCGGCCCGAGCAGUACUGAACCCCUCAGGCAGUACCUAAAGGCUAGAGAGGAAGGCACAGACUGACUCCAGAAGCCCUGUGCCAUCGGACAGAGGCACCAGGCUUUUGUGGGCCCGGUGGAUGGCCUGCCACCUACAAGCCCGGUUCUUGGCCCUACUCUGUAAACAUCCAUUAAGCAAAGCUCCUCAUGGGCUGCCAGGCUGAGUGAUGGCCCGUGCUCCUCCAGGCUGGCCUAAUGAAUUCCCGGUCUGUGAAGAAGGGAAACUGCCUGGCACAGAGCUGCCUCCAGGCUCUUGACUCCAGCAGCCUGAGAUGAAGGUCAGCGCUGGGACUUAGCCAGCAGGAGCUUGGCUAUUGCAUCUCUUACCUCCUGGCUCUACAUCCAGUCUCUGGACUCUUUGACCAGGACUUGGGUUUUUUUUUUUUUUUUUUUUUUCAGCCCUUUCCAGGGGAGUGAGAGAAGCCUGGUGGGGCUUCAUAUUGUGCCCUGGCUCAGGACCCAGCACCCACGUCUCCCAGCAGCCACCCUUACGAAGCAGCUGAGGGAACCUGCUAAGACAUACUCCAUCUUUCCCACGAAAGGCCUUUCCCAUGAAAAAGCCUUCCGCAGUUUCUACUUCACUUGGAAUAAAAUUUCAGCUCCUUGCAGUGG